AUGGACGACGUGUCUGCCCUUUCGUUCCUCGAAGUGCAACUAAAUCUGGCCUAUCGUCGAUAUUGGGACGAGCGAGUGGUGAGCUUGGAUUAUUUGUAUUCAGCCACCGAUGAGGAUAAUUCACUUCCUGGUGACACCGAUGGCUUCAAGAGUGAUUUGAUUCGUUGGGUCGCUCGGUUUCCGUUUCCCAUGGCUCAACGUGAAUACAUCUACGCCCGCCGUUGGUGGUUGGAAACUGUCCAGGAA